AUGACAGAGUGCUUCCUGCCCCCCAGCAGCAGCCCUGCCGAGCAGCGCAGGGCUGAGCACCCAGGGGGCGUGGCCCGCACCCCCAGCUCUGAGGAGAUCAGUCCCACCAAGUUCCCUGGCCUGUACCGCACCGGUGAGCCUUCACCGCCACACGAUGGCCAUCACCACGAGCCGCCCGACGCCUACGUCUCAGACGAUGACAAAGAGCACAGCAAGAAGAAGAACAAGUUUAAGAAGAAGGAAAAAAGAACGGAAGGUUACGCUGCUUUCCAGGAGGACAGCUCAGCCGAUGAAGCAGAGAGCCCGUCCAAGAUGAAGCGCUCCAAGGGAAUCCACGUGUUCAAGAAGCCCAGUUUCUCCAAGAAGAAGGAGAAGGACUUCAAGGUGAAGGAGAAGGGUCCCAAGGAGGACAAGACAAAGGACAAAAAAUCCAAGGACCUGACUGCUGCAGAUGUGGUCAAGCAGUGGAAGGAGAAGAAGAAGAAGAAGAAGCCCACAGCGGAAGUGGAGCCAGUGCCAGUGGAGACUCCCACCUUCAGGCCCAUCUUUGGAGCGCCACUGGCCGAAGCUGUCAAGAGGACAGCUCUUUAUGACGGCAUCCAGCUGCCGGCCAUUUUUAGGGAGUGUGUGGACUACAUUGAAAGUUAUGGCAUGAAGUGUGAGGGCAUCUACCGUGUCUCAGGUAUGAAGUCCAAGGUGGAUGAACUGAAAGCAGCCUAUGACCGUGAGGAGUGCCCUUGUCUGGAGGAGUAUGACCCUCACACAGUUGCCAGUCUACUGAAGCAGUACCUACGCGAGCUGCCAGAGAACCUGUUGGGCCGUGACCUGGCCCAGCGCUUCGAGGACGCCUGUGGGCGGCAGGUGGAGGCCGAGAAGGUGGCUGAGUUCCAGAGGCUGCUGGCUGAAGUGCCGCCUGGUAGCCGGCUGCUGCUGUCCUGGCUCAUCACACACAUGGACCAUGUCAUCGCCAGGGAAGCGGACACCAAGAUGAACAUCCAGAACAUCUCUAUUGUCCUCAACCCAACUGUUCAGAUCGGGAACCGAGUUCUAUACGUGUUCUUCACCCAUGUGAGGGAGCUGUUUGGCGACGUGGUCUUGAAGCCAGUAGUGCGACCGCUCCGCUGGUCCAAUAUGGCAACAAUGCCGGCACUUCCUGAGACCCAGGAGAGCAUCAAAGAAGAGAUUCGAAGACAGGAGUUCCUGCUGAACUGCCUGCACAGGGACCUCCAGGCAGGGGUGAAGGAUCUGUCCAAAGAGGAGCGACUCUGGGAGGUUCAGCGUAUCCUGACUGCUCUCAAACGCAAACUGAGGGAGGCCAAACGUCAGGAGUGUGAGAGCAAGAUAGCGCAGGAGAUUGCAAGCCUGUCAAAGGAGGACGUGUCCAAAGAGGAAAUGACUGAGAAUGAAGAGGAAGUGAUCAACAUCCUUCUGGCACAGGAAAAUGAGAUCCUGACGGAGCAGGAGGAGCUGAUUUCUCUGGAGCAGGUGCUGCGUAGGCAGAUCGCCACUGAAAAGGAGGAGAUAGAGAGGUUGCGGGCAGAGAUUGCAGACAUACAGAGUCGGCAGCAGGGUCGCAGCGAGACAGAGGAAUAUUCGUCAGACAGCGAGAGUGAGAGCGAGGAUGAAGAGGAGCUGCAGAUGAUCCUAGAAGACCUGCAGAAACAAAACGAGGAACUGGAGAACAAAAACACUCACCUGAACCAGGCCAUCCACGAGGAGCAGGAGGCCAUCUUGGAGCUCCGCGUCCAGCUCCGCCUCCUGCAGAGUCAAAAACUGCAGCAAGAGCUGACUGUCCAGCCGCCGGUGGAGCAGGCCCCGCCCGCACAGCCAAGCCCGGAGGCCUGCAGCGAGGAGCAAACCAAACGCUCGGUCUCUGCCGUUGUCACUGGCACAGAUGCCACCGGCUCAGCUAACGGCAAGGCAGCCAAGGAUCCUUCGAAGCCCUCGCCAAGCAAAGACAGGAGAGAGAGCAACAUGUGAGGGGUGACCUCUCUCUCAUACUUGGUGGCUCUGUGCUGCUGUACAUCUCUCCCGCUGGUCAGUUGUCCCGCAGAGUCACUCGCUGCCCACCGGAGCAUUCACCUCGCUGGAUCAGUGAGUUCAUGUGGCAGAGAGACAUUUCAUUACCAGAUUUGUUUUCAUUAUAUGGCCAAUAUGGCAGAAUUUGUGAUGCUAUCGGUGUCCUGACUCUGUCAACACGUAUCGAGUACCCUGGUAUCCCAUUUUCUUUGCAGUACACACACACACACACACACACACACACACACACACACACACACACACACACACACACACACACACACACACACACACACUUUAAAGAUAGUCUAUCUGCUGUAGUGGACAACUGGCUAGUGGCUACUACUGUGAGACACCAGAUGGGACCAGACUCGUAGAUCCUCAUGUGCCAAGCCUGUGCAAAGGAAGAAGGGAAAGGCAGAGAUUUGGGGAUUGAUUUACAAAACAAAAAAAACAAAACAAAAAAAAGAAGAAGAAGAAGAAGUAAGGAUUGCUGAGUAAAAAGGCAUCUUGCCAGUGAAAUAUCAAAAAUGCAUCAGUGCUCAAAAAAAUGAACACAAGAUCAGAUUUAAACCCAAUUCCCGUGACUCACUUUGUCCCUCACCUACUCUCAAAUUUGACAUUUUUAGGAUAGUGACCACUGUGCCAUAACUGAAGAUGCCAGACUGGACAAGUUGCCCCAGAGAACCACUAAUACAAAAGCUCUUUGAAUGAUGAAGAAUUUAUGAUUGGUCUAUAUAUUAUAUAUUUAAAUAGUAUUCUGGAGGAUAUGGAGGACUAUUCAGUAAAAUACAGUGAUUUUAAAUGACAUGCCUUUUAGUAAUAUAUGAAAAUAUAUAUAUAUUGUAGAUGCUUUUGUUUCUUUGAACUGCAAAUGCACAUGAGAUGUAGCGGUGUUGCACCUUGCAACUGACCAGUGGAUAAAAAUACAUGGACAUAUUCAUAUAAAUAUACAUACACAACAAAAAUAUAUGCAUCACUGGAGGCAUGGGGUAUGGCUGGAGGCAUCCUUGACUUUGUUACCAUCACUUUUUGAAAAAAUCACUCGUAUUUUUGCUCUCCAAUGCAAUCAUGACAGCAGAAAGCAUCUUUUCUGUUACCUCUGCUGUGCACAAACCGGAAAUUUAGGAAGUGAGAUUUUAUCAGUUUGAUAGCUACAUGUCUCCAGUGAUGAUCAGUGAGACACGUGGGAAAUGUAUUUAUUUUUGUUGCGUAUUGUCAGUCAUGUUUUAUGUUGUCUUGAUGUGGGGAGUUGGAGGCGAGUAUUAAACUCAAGAUCAUAAGUCAAUCAUUUCAUUUCACAACACUGAUCUACGACUGUUGCAAAGUACUGUCUUAUCGUCAUUGUUCAGUCUCUGAUAUUUAAAAAGCAAAGGCAUGGCCUACUUACUUCCCGCUCAUGUAUAUUAUUGUAAAAUUGCAAACAUACUGUAUUUUCAGCUCUUAUUAUGUUUUGUCAUAUGUUCUUUUUUAUUAUUAAUGAUCUUUAUGGAGUAUGCUAGUGUGACUGCCCACGGGCGAAACUGAAGCAAUCAUGUUUGGACUCAUGAUUCAAAAUGUUUAUUAAUCUCCUGUGAUUCAAACAAAUUAAUUCUAGAUUGGGAUCAUAAGCUUCUCAUGAGGUUAUUUUCAUAUUGUUCCAAGCUUUUUUAGCUUAUUGUUGCAGACAGAAUAAUGCUGUGAAGAAUAAAGUGUCAAUCCGAAGGAA